UCUUUUUCCUCAUUUCCUUUUUUUCUUCCCCAUAAUAAGUUCCAAACGAAAGGUUGGAGACGCCCUUACCUUAACUGCACAUUUGAGAUCUUAGAGCUAGGGUUUCUCGCAGACUAGUGUUUCCAAUGGUUCCUGAGAGGGUGCUUUCGGCAGAGAGCGGUGCGCAGCUUCAGGAAGGCAUCAGUUUGGUUCUGUCUCGGUGGGCUGCCCUUCAGAUGGCCGUCGUAAACGAGUGGGGCGGCCGUGACUCUCGCCUCAAAUCCCAGCAACUCGCCCCCGACAUCUUCUCUUGGUUCACUCAAUCCAAAGAGCAAUUAUAUAUUGAUGACUUAGAAGAUAUGCUUGAAGAAUUUAUGCUCUCUCUCAACACAGAGAUCGAUGAUGGCAGCGUUGAGGAGGAUGUGCAGAUAGCUGAGAGAUUAAUGAUCAUGCAUGAAGAAUGUUUGGAAGGUAACUAUCAGUCGAUCCAAAUUUUGAGGGAAGCUGAUCCUCCGGCUGUUGUUGUUCCUCAGAUACAGGGCGUGGAUAGUGACGACGACAACGAUGACGAUGAUUCAUCAGGAAUGGUAGUUGAUGCCCCAAAUUUCCAUUCAAAUCUAAAUCGUAAGGAAACGAUGGUUGAUGAGCCAAGACCCAGUGAGACAGCUGAAGCUGAAGAUGGGUGGACAGUAGUGGCCCCUAGGCGGAACAGAGGGACAAGGAACUAAACAACACCCUAAUGCCCCGUAAAGAACUGGGUCACUAGUACUCUCUACUUGAGAGAUGUCAUAUUAUGUUAUCUAGGAAAAAAGUUUUGAAUAGAAGCCAAAGGUGUCUUUCGGCUUGCUAGCAAGUGAUUUUCCAGGAGUGCCCUGUUUUGGUUUCUCUCUUCUUCUUUUUGCUCUCCUUUCGUUUGUGUGUUUUGCUAGUAAGUUGUCAUCGUGAAAUGAGCUGCAAACUGGUUUUCUGUUACAUGAUCCCAACUCCUCAAGCAUCAUACAUACUUGGGUUCAUUCAUUUUGUUAGUAACACGUACUGUAUGUCAUGGUGCCUUCGUUUUCUGUGCUUA